AGCCUUCUUCCGUUUCCGUUUCUCCGCCGACGCCAAGCUCCGCCGCCAAGAAGCCCAACCAUUCGUCGAUCGCCAAGCCGAACUUCUAGCCAACGGACGAUUUGAGAUGGCACCAAAGGAAACCAUUCUCAAUGAUUUUAAUGGCCGUGUUUCAUGGAAAUCCACCGGUCCUAGCUUGGCAAAGAUAAAGGAGAGGUUUACUCACCAUGAUCUUUUGGAUAGGGCUUUGCAGACCCAAUUCAAGUCUAUAUUCCAAGCCCCGACAUUAUUAUUUUCAGGAACCAUACUCCAUCAGAUGCUUAUCAGAAAAGUCAGUUCAAAUUCGAAGGAGAUAAGGUUCAUGGUCAAAGGUAAGGAGGUCUGCUGGGGCAUGAAGGAUUAUGCAUUGGUGACAGGCCUCAACUUUGGCAGAUUUCCGUUGGUGGAGGAGGUUGAAGAAUGUCCACCCCUUGUCCUCAAAUAUUUUAAGGGUAAAAAGGAUGUUAAACUGAAAGAGCUUGAAGACCUUUUCGUCGGAUGCUCUGAUAAGGAGGAUUCAUGGAAGAUGGGGCUCAUAUUUCUCAUUUACCAGUAUCUGUUCGCAUCUGAUAACAGGAGGAAGAUAAGUUUAAAAAUCUUUCACAUGGUGGAAGACAUGGAGAUGUUCCUCCAAUUUCCAUGGGGAAAGGUGUCCUUCAGAGCUACCCUGCAGGGUAUUGACAAAGAUAUCAAAUACCUCCGUGGAUUAUAUCUCUCGAAGAAGAAAAACUGGAACAAGAAAGGCGUAUGUGAUGUCGCUUAUACUAUACAUGGGUUCGCACUAGCAUUCCAAGUGUGGACCUAUGAGCUUAUCGAUACAUUCGUCCCCAAUUUUGCUGAAAAGACACCGGAAGAUGAUCUUACAAGCCCAAGGAUAGUGCUCUAUAAAUCUUUUAGGAGUUAUACCGGACCUGAGGUAUCUACAGCCAUCCAGGAGUGCACUGUUCGAAGAAGAAUUCAUGAGUCUGCGGAGGAGAAGCGGAUGUACUCUGGGGACGACUUUGAAGAUAUGACAAACAACAUUUAUGAUGAAUUCUUUGGAUGUGAUACGAGGAAGAGAAAGAUUGAGGUUUUUGAAGAAGAAGAAAAACUUGAAAGGACUCCCAAACCGCCGACCAAGAAGAGUAGACAUAUUAGUCCCAAGGUCCCUGAAGUUAGUGGUGAAACUAGCCAAGAAAGCUCCUCUCAUUCAAUCCCUUCUGCGACAACUCCUAUUCCAAAUGUGUCUACAUCUUGUGCACCAAAUCGAGUGUCUCAAGACUUAACUGCCAAACUUGAUGUGCUGACAAAUGUUGUGAAUGAGAUUAAAAAGGAUGUCAAUGACAUUAAAAGUGAAAUCAAGCUCAUGAAGGACAAUCAACAACUUAUAAUCACAUUAUUGGGGCAAAGAAAUGAACAAAAGAAUGGUGGAGGAGAAGAAAAAGAAGAGGCAGGUACAGCUGCAAUUGAUACUCAGAAGAGGACGACAAAGAGAAAGAAUAAUAAUCUUACACUUGUUGAGAAUAGAACGAAAAGGAAGAAUGAUGAUGUUGAUAAUGAGAAUAGGACGAAGAGGAAGAAUGAUGAGUUGAUGAACUCUAAGAGGAAGAAGACUGAGGAUGAUGAUGAGAUUACAAGAAAGAGGAAUGAGAGGAAGGAGAGGCGAGAGAGGCUGGCGAUUUUAUCAAAGAAGAAGAUUGCUGAUGAGUUGGACAAGAAGAGGAAUGCUGAGAAGUUGGCCAAGAAGAGGAAGGCUGAGAAGAGGAAAUCGAAAAAGGAGAUAGAUGAAAUCUGUCAUCUACUGAAACGAAGGGUUGAGGAGUUCCCCAAGACAUAUCCAAGAAAUUUCUCAAUUGCUGACUCCAAUUUAUCUCAGAAGAUGAGUAAUCGCUAUGAAGUGUUCACCCCGAAUCCUGCAGGCUACGAAUUCGACGAUCUCAUGGAAUACGUAAUUGGUGAAGGAAGUAAUCCUUGGAAUAUUGUUGAUAUGAUAUACGUACCCUUGAACAUAAAGCAGAAGCACUGGGUCCUGUGCAAGAUUCAUCUUCAAGAUUGGUGCAUAUAUGUAUAUGACUGCGAACAGAAUAUGUUCCCAAAGGAUGAAUAUGACACAUUCUUGGAACCAAUGUGUGUAAUGGUGCCGUACUUGCUUGAACAGGGGUUCAGCACGAGCGAUAAACAAAGGUUUCCACAGAUCAAAUUGGAUGCGAUGCCAUAUUCCAUAAUACCACACCCAAUAGUCCCAGUAAUAUGUAUAAUAUGUAUAACAAAACCUUAA